GAUUUCCUGUUUCGCAAGGAGUGGUGGUGGAAGUUGCGCGUCGGGUCUAUACCGGCUUGAGGCACUGCUACAGGCAGCGCGGAAGGAUGCGGCGGGCAGAGAUGAAGCCUGGGAAAUCAUCACAUCCAAAGGAUUUACUUGGAGUAAAAGAUCACUGACUUCUACAAUGGAAAAGUCAUGGAUGCUUUGGACCUUUGUUAAAAGAUGGCUACUAGCUUUGGCUUCCUGGUCUUGGAGUCUCUGCCGUAUUUGUCUCUUACCCUUGAUAGUAACUUUUCACUUAUAUGGAGGCAUUAUACUGCUUAUAUUAAUAUUUGUAUCAAUAGCGGGUAUAUUAUAUAAAUUCCAGGAUGUGCUGCUUUACUUUCCUGAACAGCCCUCUUCAUCACGCCUUUAUGUUCCUAUGCCUACUGGUAUACCACAUGAAAAUAUCUUCAUCAAAACCAAAGAUGGAGUUCUUCUCAAUCUUAUUCUACUGAGGUACACUGGGGACAAUGCAGCUUAUUCUCCAACCAUCAUUUACUUCCAUGGGAAUGCAGGCAACAUUGGCCACAGAUUGCCCAAUGCUUUGUUGAUGCUGGUAAACCUGAAAGUAAACUUAAUUCUUGUUGAUUAUAGAGGAUAUGGAAAAAGUGAAGGAGAAGCAAGUGAAGAAGGUUUGUACUUAGAUUCUGAGGCUGUUUUAGACUAUGUGAUGACUCGGUCUGAUCUUGACAAAACAAAAAUUUUUCUUUUUGGCCGUUCCUUGGGGGGAGCAGUAGCUAUUCACUUAGCUUCUGAAAAUUCCCAUAGGAUUUCUGCUAUCGUGGUGGAGAACACCUUUCUUAGUAUCCCAUACAUGGCCAGCACUUUGUUUUCUUUCUUUCCAAUGAGGUAUCUUCCUUUAUGGUGCUACAAAAAUAAAUUUCUGUCCUACAGAAAAAUCUCUCAGUGUAGAAUGCCUUCUCUCUUCAUCUCUGGGUUGUCUGAUCAGUUAAUUCCACCAGUUAUGAUGAAGCAACUUUAUGAAUUAUCCCCAGCUCGGACUAAGAGAUUGGCAAUAUUUCCUGACGGAACUCAUAAUGACACUUGGCAGUGCCAGGGUUAUUUCACUGCACUUGAACAGUUCAUCAAAGAAGUAAUAAAGAGUCACUCCCCUGAAGAAAUGGCGAAAACAUCAUCUAAUGUAACAAUAAUUUAACUGCUAUUCUUUUGUGGGUUUGGGGUGGGGGGGUGUACCUGCACUGUACCUUGAUUUGUGAAAAGUGGUACAAGAAUGUCAAUUUUUAAAUGUAUGUCAUGUCUAUACUUGCCUAAAGAGUGAAAUUAAACUUGGAAAGAUACGAUGCUUUAUUAAGGUGGUCCAGAUAACUUUUACACUUGCAGCAUUGUAAAUGAACCAUUUUAUGUCUUUCUCAUACUUUUUUGGUAUCUCUGUCCAUAUAUUCCAUUUGUUUGAUAUGUACAACAGACGCUAUUAAAGGAACUUGCUACAAAAGUAGUACAGAAUGUAUUAGUUUAGGUCAACAGGAGGUUCUUCAGUAUUCACUGCUGUAUGUGUGAACUUUUUGGACAGUCAUGGUUAGCACAAUGAUUUGUUGCUUCUCUUAGAGUUGAUUUAAAGUGUGCUAUGCAUGAGAUUAGUAUUUUAUUGCUUGAGAUUUUCUAUUAUGCAAGGUGGGAAGUCUUUAAUGUGCUAAAUAAUAUAAAAUAACAUUAAUGGUAGAGUAUACUUGCAGAUAUCCUGGGUUAUUACUGUUUUUUAUGGUUAUGCAUACAUAAAUAUUUCAAACUGUAGGUGAAAAGGAAAAGACAACUAUUCCUUGUUUUCAUUUUACUAUUUGUAUUCUAAUAGUUCCUGGAAAGUUGUAUGUGCCUAAACAUCAUGGCUUCAGGAUUUUGCCCAGGUAACUUCUUCAUAGAAAACAGAAGUAACCUUCAAAAAGAGAGCAGUGCAAUCUAAGUUUCUUUCUAACUCAUGCUCUCCUCACUAACAUACAGACAAAUUACUUGGAUGUGUUAGUCUGGUGUGCAACUCAGGUGGGAUUUCCCAAGGCAGAGUGUAUGGUGUGAUAGAAAGGAGUGUCAUACAAGGUAAAAGUAUGUUUUUGUGUUUGGGUCUUUAUUUGUGUGUGUGUGUGGGGGGUUCAUUUGUUUUGUUUUGUUUUGUUUUUUUUUUUUUGCUGGUGUAGUCACAUGCCUGUGCCCUUUAUUUAUAUCUCCAAAACAAACAAAUCCAAAUAAUUACCAGUGAACACAUGAGUAGAGAUUAAAGUAUACCAGUUGUUACAGUAAAAAUAAUAAAAAUGAGCUGUGCAUUAGAUUUAGUAGACCUAUGCUUAGCUAGUCUGAAAGAGGUGACUUUUAUUUUGACACUUGCACCCAUUUGCUUCCAGAAAGUUUCUUACAGUUCUGUGGUACCAUGUGGAAGUAUCCUGAGCAUCACCAGAAGUGAGUUUUCUUUACCUCUGCUGGGAUUUUUGGAGCUACUACCACCAUUUCAGAGCCAGCAUUACUUAAUUUGAGAGAGUUUGAUUCUGACAAUGUUGGGAGUGUUGGUUGUGUUUUAGGAGUCCUCCUAGGUAGCCAUGAAAGUUGUAUUCUGUUAGCUUAGUCUGUAUGGGAGUGGGGCUGUUUAAAUGUCUUUUGCAGGUUUAUUUGCUGCAGAUGAUAGUUUGCCCCGUCAAAAAAAUUUCUUAUGGGAAGACUGAACUGUGGAGACUCUUACACACAAUCUGUACAAUUGCCCUCCGACUGAAAAUUUUAAGGGAACUUUUCUGCAGGUUGUCUUGAUUCAGAAAAGCAUCUCAGCACAUACUUAAAAUAUGUUUCCUGAUGGUAUUUUAAGCUUGUGCUUAAGUUUUCUGAUUGAAUAAAACUGCUUUCCUGAGCUGGUGCCUUAAUGGUUAUGCCUGCUAAAAUUUAUUACAUGAAAUUACAAGUCUUAUGUACAUGUGGGUAAGAGUUGUCAGCAAUUUAUAGAUACACCAGAAGUUGCUGCUUUCUCUGGUAAGUAUAUCUUGUCAUACUAUUAUUAAAGUUUUCUUGAGUCAGUUGAAAAGGGUAUAGAUCUUUUUGGAUAUACGGACUUACAGUCAUUAUAGACAAGCACAGUUUUAAGUCUGAGUGAAACCAAAACUAUCUCCUCAGCCUUCCAGUGGUGGAAUUUUUUUUGAGGGGAGGAAAAAGGUGGGAAAGGUUAUUUGUGAAGUUUGGCUGUGUGUGUGUGUGUAUAUAGCAGAAGGGAGUUAAUGGACAUAGCAGUCCCUUUCCCUCAUGUGUUCUAAAAUGACAGUGUGAGCUGCUUGCAUAGGUUGUUCCAGCUGCUUUACAUUGAUUUAGAAUUAUGGUGGAGGGAGUCAAGGAGAAUAAGUGGGCAAAUACCACUUUUCUAAGAAUAAGUUGAUAAAGCCAAAAUAGAUUACUUGUUGGAAAUAGAAUGAAGAGAAAGUAAAUAAUGGUUUCAGAAGUUGUCAUAAUUUUCCAUUAAAUAUCUUGUUUUCAUUAAAUGUAGAUUUCUAAAGUAACACAAUUUUUUACACUACUUUGUACCAAUUGAACAAAAACAUCAAACCAAAACACCCCAGUAUGAUGUGGCACUUAGAUACAAAUGAAGUAUUCUCUUUUGGGCACACAGUUGGCUAAGUCAGUCAAAUGUGUGGCAUUACAUUAUGGCAAUCUGGAGCUGUUCAAAGUGGAGUGUUUGUAAAUGUUACUUUUGAUUAUCAAGCCAGAUCUUUUCACUCUGUUGUCUGGAGAACGUAAAGAAGAACCUUUGUUGGAUUUUGCAGGUGUUCGGUAUGCGAAGACACAGUUGUCAUAUAUGCAUCCUUUACACUUAAUCUGGUUUCUUCUACCUUCCACAUGCACAUUUUUACUUCUCCCUUAAUGGGCUGGCUGCAUACAGUUAUGAAUGAAUGUAUGUUAUGCUGGUUUUCAUUGCAUUGGCUCUGAAAUACACAGAAAGAAAAUAGGAAGGAAAUGGCUAAUGCAAAUACGCUGCUGGUCUAUGUACUCUCUUUUAAAGGAGAGAUAAGGGGGAAGAAACUUGUUCUGAAAAGUGAAGACAUUAUUUUAUAGUCUGUGUGAUGGAAACCCACAAUUGCCUGCUGCUAAAAAGUGAACUGCAAACAAUGUAUUACUAAUAACUUUAAAAUUGCCAAAAGGUGUAUUAUGAUACUGUUCCAUUUAUUCCACUUAAUACUCUUUUCUCUUAACAGUUCUCCAUUUGUGUAUAGAAGCUUCCCAAGUAUUUGUCUUGUACAUAGAAAUUUUUAGUUUGGGAAAAGGAAAUUAAGUUAUUUUCAUGAGUUUGUGAGAAAGCCUCUUGGUUUAAUUAUGCUUAUUAAAGACAUUGUCUCUUUUAUAAGAGGAAAUUCAAGUUAAAAAAAGAAAGGGGGGUGUGGGGAAAUAGGGGUCAGGAGUUGAACAGCUGUAGCAGUAGAGUCCGUGUAAGAAAGCAUCCAGCACACGUUUGUGUGUGUGGUUUUAAUUAGUGGAAAUACUUGCAGCUUCCCAAGUUUACAUUCCCAAUACUUGUUUGUGAAAUGCAGAGAGAUAAGUGAUGCUUUCAUCAUGUUAACUGGUAUAGCUGCCCUCAUGUCCAUUUCUCAGGUAAAAUUAGAAAUAGAGCACAAAUAUGUUUGGUAGGCUACGGACAAUCUCAGUUGAAGGGCAGAUGGAUUAAGUACAAAAUAUGCAUAUCAGCAUCUCUUAAGCUAAUCAUUUGCAUCAUGUCAGAUGUUCACAGUGAAAAACACAAGGCUGAAUUGAGAGUCCAAGGUAUGGUCUCUUGGUUAAAAGAUGCUGACAUACCUCCAUUUGUAUUUUAUAAUUCAAUUUUGAAGUGCAUUUUUAUUUCUGUUAAUGACAGGUGAUUCUGCUAGGGGCACUUCUGCCAAAUAUAAAAUCAGUGCCUCUUGCAUGUCAUGUAGUGGAAUCAGCCUGAUGUAUCCCAUUCAGAAUAAUUUACAAUGCCAUCCUGCUUGUAUAAUUUAGAGUAGAACCCUGCAGAAGUGUAAAUAGUGAUAACAUUGAAGUUCUAAAUAACACUUGUGUUCUGAAUUCAGAAACAGUCAUUGAAAAUAUGAUGCAAGCUAUUUGUUUGGGUUUUUUCUUUAAUAUAUAAGUAAAGCAAAAAUGUCUUAAAGUAUUCUUAAGUUUUGUAGACAAAGCAUUAAUGUUACUGUACAUGUGCUAAUUGUGGCAAAGUUUUACAUUCUCAUUCUAGUCUGGUUUUUACAAUAACAUUAAUUUUACAAAAAACACUUUUCUAUUUUUAUGUACUGACAUAUGCAAUAAAUUGAUACAUUGAAACUGCU